AUGGCAACACCACGGCGUCCGCCCAACCUCUUGUUGAAGCCUGUACACCACGAGUCCGGCGCACCCGAAGACGACCACUCUCCACGGCCCGGAGCGGAGCGGCAGCCAGGCUGCCGAACUCCGAAACGCUGUGCUGUCCGGGCUGAGUACGUCCGCUCGACCGAGGCCGAGAAGCAGCGCCGCGCAGACGCCCGCGAGCGCGAGCGGGAGCGGGAGCAGAAGAAGCGAGAGGAAGAAGCGGGACGAGAGCGCCGCACGCGCAGAGAGCGCAGCCGCAGCCGAAGUCGCCGGCGCAACCAGCGCAGCCCACGAAGAGACCGCAGCCCCCGCAGAGAGCGCAGCAAGCACAAAGAGCGCAGCGCGCGCAGAGAGCGCAGCGCGCGCAGAGAGCGCAGCCGCAGCCGCGGCGGCACGCGGCUUCCUCGGAAGGUGGACAAGGUGGACAAGGUGCCAGAUCCCAAGCCGAAGACCAAGGAGAUGAAGGUGCGCGAGAGCUCGCUCUACAGCCUGGUGCUGCAGGUCUUAGAACGCUGGCGCACCGUGGCGGACGACGAGGUGGGCGACGAGCGCUUCGUCGACGCGCUUCACCUCGUCUUGGAGUCCCGGGUCUUGUUGAAGCGAGAGGUCGAGGAGGUGCAGAAGCGCCUCUUGGAGACCCAGGGAACACGUCCCACCAAGCGACCGCGAGGUCCAGGCAGUGCCAGCAGUUUGCGGGUCCCAACGGCCCUGGCGGAGCUCGAGAAGCGCAAUCGAAGCAUGAUGAAGAACUUGGACAUGCACGGUGAUAUGCUUCGAGGAGAGAUGCAGGCUUUGCGUCCGGUCCUGGAGUCCGCGGCGCCCUCCGCGGAGGCCGCGGCGGAGCCGCCCGAGGACGCGGAGGACGCGGCGGAGGACGAGGUCGGCGAGACCGAGAAGGACGAAGAGGCUGAAGAGGCCGAAGAGGCCGAAGAGGCCGAAGAGGCUGAGCCCGAGGCGGAUGUGGUGGAUGUCGAUGAAGAAGAGCUUCCAGCGCCAUCCUCUCCCGCGGAGGUGCACGACCGGCGUGACAUCACGGCGGCUGAGGUCCCGACCCAAAGCAAGACGGCAGGUCGGAUGGAGAAUUUGCUUGGGUAA